AUGGCUGUCGCAGGUCCCCAACGUAAACAAGUCCUCAAGGUCUUGAUGAUCUCUCUUUUACUCGAUCUGAUUUCAUUUACCUUCAUUUUGCCACUAUUCCCUUCAUUAUUAUCCUUCUAUCGCGCCCAGGACCCUUCACCAAACUCGCUUCUCAAUCGCAUCUUCCACUACCUCAAUGCAUACAAGAACUCCUUCGCCCGCCCCAUCGACUCACGAUAUGACAUCGUACUACUCGGCGGAGCCCUUGGCUCUCUAUUCUCUCUACUCCAAGCAUUCGCCGCGCCCGUAAUUGGCCAUUUAUCAGAUAAGCACGGUCGACGACGCGCAUUACUAGUCGCAAUGAUCGGAAAUAUUUUAAGCGUCACGCUCUGGGUCUCCGCUACAGAUUUCCGUACCUUCUUAGCAAGUCGCGUCGUCGGAGGUCUUAGCGAAGCUAAUGUCCAAUUGGCAAAUGCUAUCGUUGCAGAUGUUACUGAUGAAGCACACCGUGGCGCGUCAAUGGCGCUGGUGGGUGCUUGUUUCAGUAUUGCAUUUACUUUUGGUCCUCUGCUCGGUGCAGGUCUUAGUACUGUGGAUAUCGUUGCGGCGAAUCCUUUUAUUACCGCUGCGCUUGUUUCUCUCGUCCUGAUUGUCUUGGAGACUUUGUACAUCUGGGCUUGUUUACCUGAGACACAUCCGCGAUUUACGAGUCUUACACAGGAGAGCGGGGAAUCCAAAACUACUCCUGUCAAUGGAAAGCCUUCGGAUUCGGAUUCGUCUAGCAAGCCACAUACUAAUAACCCGGCUGUUCUAAACGCGAUCCACUUCGUUUUCCUUCUCCCAUUCUCAGGAUUGGAAUUCUCUCUCCCGUUCCUAACGACUACUCUUUACGCCGGAAUCACAACAUCCAGUCCCGCAGCACUGAACGGUCGUCUCUUAUCAAUGAUGGGUCUAAUCGCAUCCCUGUUACAGGGUACGCUUGUGCGUCGUUUGCCACCAUUGGUAACCGUCCGCGCUGGUGUAGUCGCAUGCGCACUAUCAUUCUUCUGUCUUGCCCGAAUCUCAUCUGUAUCCGGUCUCUACGCUGCCGGUGCUUUACUAGCAGUGACCAGCGCAACUGUUGUUACGGGACUUAACAGUCUGGGUAGCUUUGAAGCGCGGGAUGCGAACCGUGGAGCUGUUAUGGGUCGGUUGAGAGGAUGGGGUCAGGCAGGUCGUGCUACUGGUCCCAUUCUUUUCUGUUCGUUGUUCUGGUGGGCUGGUCGUGAGGCGGCGUACACAGUUGGUGGUGUUGCGAUGUGUGUGGUCGCUGUUGGGGUUUUUGGAUUCUUGAAGUCUCCUGUUGUGCAUGCGAAGGUGGAGUAG